CGCAUAUGUCAACAUAUUACAACAGGUAAUUCAAGAUGAGUCAAGAUGAGGAGCUGUUUUGGAGCAAAAAGACACGGCUCUUCCUGGUGAGCCGACAACCAAAAGAGUCGAAUCUCGGAAAAAGAACUGAAAUUCCCAUUAACUCGGGCGUCUUUCGACUGGGCGGGUCCAUUAGUCAGAUAGAGAAGGUGUGUACCCGCUUCUCCCUCCGCACUGAGCAGUGGAACAAACCGAACUCCCACCCACUUCCUUCAUCACAGUGACGCCGGGAUAACUAACCAGGAAACAGCGGCAGCGAAUCGCUUUUCUUCUUCUUCAAACCCGUACCGCCGGAGCUUCAAGCGUGGUGUUCAAACGUUGACUCGCGUGUUUUCCUAAAAAGGAAAAACUCCAUUACGAGACUGACCUCUGCUGGAGGACUGUGACCCAGGGGUCACCUCCCAGGCUGGGUUUCCCUGAUCCUGACCGCCAGUUACACAACUCUACUACUGGUAUCAUAACAUGGGGAACCUUCUGAAAGUUUUGACAUGCACAGAUCUGGAACAGGAGCCCAAUUUUUUCCUCGAUUUUGAAAAUGCGCAGCCCACAGAAGCAGAGCGAGAGGUGUGGGAGCAGGUGGAUGUGGUGCUGAAGGACGCCAAGGGGAUCCUGGACGAGCUGCAGGCCUACAAAGGGGCAGGGCAGGAGAUCAGAGAGGCAAUCCAGAAUCCAAACAAUGAGGCCUUACAGGAGCAGGCGUGGGCUGCUGUGGUUCCUUUAGUGGGAAGACUGAAGAAGUUCUACGAGUUCUCUCAGAGGUUAGAAGCGGCGUUGCACAGCCUCCUGGGAGCUCUGACCAACGAGGCUUACAGCGACCCAACUCAGCACCUGGAGCGGGAGCAGGCGCUGGCCAAGCAGUUUGCAGAGAUCCUGCACUUCACUCUGCGCUUUGAUGAGCUUAAAAUGACAAAUCCAGCCAUUCAGAAUGACUUCAGCUACUACAGGAGAACGCUGAGUCGAAUGCGGCUCAAUAAUGUACCGGCAGAGGGUGAGAAUGAAGUCAACAACGAGCUGGCCAAUCGGAUAUCUCUGUUCUACGCCGACGCCACGCCCAUGCUGAAGACGUUAAGCGACGGCACAACGAAGUUUGUAUCAGAGAACAAGAACCUUCCCAUCGAGAACACGACAGAUUGUUUAAGCACAAUGGCAAGUGUGUGUAAAGUCAUGUUGGAAACACAGGAUUAUCGCAGCCGUUUCACCAGCGAGGAGACGGUGCCUUUCUGCCUCAGGGUGAUGGUCGGAGUCAUCAUUCUGUACGACCACGUCCAUCCGGUCGGAGCGUUUGCCAAGUCGUCCAAAAUCGACAUGAAAGGCUGCAUCAAAGUCCUCAAAGAUGAGCCACAAAACAACGUAGAAGGCCUUCUGAACGCUCUCAGGUACACAACCAAACAUCUGAACGACGAAUCAACCAACAAGACUAUCAAGAGCAUGCUGCAGAAGGACUAGGCUGCAACCAGCUUGGUGCGGUGAAACACCACUAGAAUGUUUGUUUAUUUUGUUUUGUUGCGGUUUACUUGUUUCGUAGAGGAAAUAAAAAAAAGCGCUCACCUCCGCCCACUUUUCUAAUGCAAAAUGCUACUGCCAUUAUGACGUCUUUGUCUGUGCCAAACAGAUGACGCUGAGUUCUGACGCUGUUUAUUAAAGGCCGCACCAAGAUGGCCGCUGAUGAAAGCGUUGUGGAUCCUCCGGUGUUUUGAGAUGUUGCGUUUUUCCCUGUUUAAGGGACGAGAGAGCUUUGACUUGAAAUUUCAGAUAGAGAGAGACUUAUAUAGAAAAGUAUAUAUUAUUUUUGUUUGAUUGGUUAUUUAAUUACAUCUUCUGCAUGAUGAAAAAUGUAUUUUCCUUCUAUUUAAAAAGAAAACCAGUUUGAUUUGUUUGCUCUGCUGUGUAUUAUCAGAUGUGUUAAUGAAAUGGUACUUGUCAACAUGAAAUUUAAGAGUACUGUUUUUAUAUUUUUUAUAAGUUUUACUUUGUGCAUAUGUACUUGUGUUGUAUUUUUCAGUUGCAAACUUUAAACUGUGAUGUUGGCAGAAUCAAAGUGAAAUCUGGAGUCUGUUCUGCAAAGAGACGAUAUGAUACAGCUGGAGACAUUAAAAGGAGAACUCUUGUUUUCUAUAAAAU